GGGAGGGCCGAGCAGUUCGCACUGGAGGGAGGAGAGGGGCGUACAUAUAUAUUAGAGAGCCCCCUGGGCGGGGGGCCCAGUAUCGUUCAAAGAUGCGAGCCGUUGGGAUGCUGCGGUCGGGGUUCAUUCUCGUCUUCCUUAUCAUUACCUACGCCAACACCCUACCUCUGCAAUACUUGCCGUCAAUUCCUGGGUACGUUCCGGUCUACAUCCGAAACGGCGAUGAACCCUUGGAGGAUAUUAACCUCGCGCUCGCCGAGGCCUUCGCUGAGCACUCAUCGUCUAAGAACCUGAAGCAAUCUCCGAUCGCGUUGGAUGUUCUGCAGCCGGUUGACUACGAGCAGGUUUCGAACGGUGUGGAUAAGGUCGAAAAAAGCACACCAAGCACGUUUGAGCUCAACGGAUUAGGUGCUGAGCAGAAAAAGGACGAUGCGAAUGCCGAGGUCUUGAGCCUCGACGAGCCGGCGCCAACGCCGAUGCAACGCCGGGAGACGAACCGAUCGGACGAUGAAAAAAAAUCCGAGGCGGUCACGCUGGAGGUGAACAGGUCCAGAAUACCGCAGCUUCUCACUGCCCAGGAACACGAGGAUGGACAGACCUUCGAGACGGAAAAACAGCCGCCGAUUUCCUUCUCCGAGGAGACUACAAAUCAGCUGAGCAACGUCCCAGCCAAGGAAACGGAGGACUCGGACAAGCUUGAAUCUGACGAGAAGUCGGAUCAGAUCAAGCCGAACGACACUGCCGAUUUGAAUCCGAAUUACCCGGAGCUGCCGGCGGAAAUACCGCAACAGCACAACAGUCAGGAUUUUGGAACACCGACUGAGGGUCAUCCGGAAGCUAACUCGCCGAUGAUCGUCAUGGAGGAAAUCGAUAGCGCAGAAUCAGAGAACGAGCAUUCUUCGAGCUUGUCAAACGAAGACAAAGAUAGCUUUGAGAGCAGCGGCAGUUCGUCCGAUGAUUCCGCGGCUAACGUAUUCGACUGAAUUGGAUUUGUUAAGUUAACGUAACGUAACCCAGUGUAAAGGUGUAGCGAAGAAUGCAAGAAAGAGCCAAAUUGCCGAAAUGAAGCUUGAUUGAUUAACUUAACGCGUGACGGUGUAGCUGAUUAUAAAACGCUGUGAAGUCGGCUGCGAGGGAAUCCGAUUAAUUGAAAUUUAUCAGUAAUUGCAAAUAAUGAAUUGUUAUAGUGUUAUACAUUUUGGACGAAAGGAAAACGCAGAAAAGAAAAACACGAUAAAAUUUCAAUGCUACAUUGUUAUUUCUAAGACGGACUUUUAUACAAAAAAAAAAAAAGAAAGAAAGAAACAAAAAAAGUUAUUAAAUCAUAUUUAUAAAACU